UAAGCAGAGGGGGACGUGGGCGUUUGGCCGUUUUCACCGGCCGUCAUCUUCUUCACCGUCGUCCAUAAAUGAUAUCCAUUCCGCCGUUAUUAGCCAGCUACGCACUGUCAGUGGCGAAGCCUUGCUUGCUCUCUCGCUCGCUCUUGCUCCUUCGAUCGCCGGCGAAGCGUUCGAUCAUGGCGGCGGCGGCGGCGACGGGCGGUGGUGCGGCGACCGGGGCGGGCUCCCCGCCGGCGAAGCUGAAGCUGUUCAGCUACUGGAGGAGCUCCUGCUCGUUCCGCGUCCGUUUCGCCCUCAACUUGAAAGGGCUGGAGUACGAGUACGUGCCUGUGAAUUUGCUGAAGGGGGAGCAAUUCGGUGCUGAGUUCUCAAAGAUUAAUCCAAUUCAUUAUGUGCCUGCGUUGGCUGAUGGGGACUUUGUACUGGCAGACUCAUUUGCUAUCCUAAUGUAUUUAGAAGAGAAAUAUCCUCAUCACCGCCCACUUUUGCCCAGUGAUCUGGAGAAAAGGGCAAUCAACUAUCAGGCUGCAAAUAUUGUUUCUGCAAGCAUACAACCUCUUCAGAAUAUCUAUGUUCUGAAAUUUCUUGAGGAGAAAGUUAGUCCCAGUGAGCCGCUUUCUUGGGUUCAAUAUCACAUUGGAAGGGGCUUUUCAGCACUUGAGAAGGUGUUAGCAGACCAUGCUGGAAAAUAUGCAACGGGAGAUGAAGUUUGCCUGGCCGAUGUUUUCCUGGCACCCCAGAUUUAUGCGGCAGUCAAGAGGUUCAAUGUCGACAUGAGUCAAUUUCCUAUCUUGUCAAAGUUGCACGAGGCAUACAGUGAGAUACCUGCUUUUCAAGAUGCCAUGCCGGAAAACCAGCCAGAUGCUCCUCAACCGCAAGCUUAGCCGACCAGUUGGUGCGACUGCGAAGCACUAGCUUGGGCAGCUGCUUUAACAUUGUAGUGACUGCAAAGAAUAAAAUUGCCCGAGUUUGCGAGGUAGAAUGUUUUUUUUUUUUUUUUUUUUUUGGGGGUGGGGGUGUUUCAAGAUGUAGGGAAUUAUGUUGGAUGCCUGUAUUCUAUGAGAGUUUACUUUGGUCAUAUUCUCUCUCUCUGCUGUGCAUGCUAGGACAUGCAUGGUCCGGGUGGGUAGUUCCCACCUUAGAACCGGGAACCACCCGCUACUUCGGUUUCAAAAUUGGAAUUGGGAAUUGCUCGUUA